ACUCAGCAGUAGUUUGAAUCUUACUAAAACAUGAAGGGUUUUAUUGUAAUCCUGUGCAUCGGCUGUGCCUUAGCCACCCCCACGUUGAACGUCGAGAACGAGUGGGCUGAAUUUAAACUGCAACACUCAAGAAAAUACAGCACCCGCAGCGAAGAGACCAAACGUCAGGCAAUAUUUGCCGAAAACUUGAGGACCAUCGCUGAACACAACGAAAUGUUCGAAAAGGGGUUGGUCACCUUCGAAAUGGGUGUGAACCAAUUCGCCGACAUGACGCCGAAAGAAGUUAGUCCGGGAGGAACCACGAUGAGCUUCGAAGAAAUAAAGGACAGCAUCAACGACUACGUGGUACCCUUCGUGCCGCCCCAGGACGCGUGUGUUCCAGAUCUAAAGGAUUGGCAGGCGGCUGGAGGAACCACCGAAUCCAUCGACCAAACACCUUGCAACGCCUGUUGGUCGUUCGCUUCCGCCGCCGCCUUGGAAGGGGCACUUUUUGCUAAAACUGGAAAGCUUCGCAGGAUAAGUGAAAAGAACUUCAUCGACUGUGCACGUGAAGACUACUACAAUCACGGUUGUGAUAACGGUACUGUAGCUGGCGCUUAUUAUUAUGUGAUCAAAAACGGCGGCAUUGACGACUACGAAUCUUACCCCUACGAUGCCAAACAAGGGGAAUGCAAGUACGACCCCAAACACAACGUAACCACUGUGAAAUCCAUCGCCUACAUUCCUCCCAACGAUGAGGAAACGAUGAAGAUUGCGGUGGCGGUGUCUGGGCCAAUAACUGUUGGAAUUGAUUCCAAUCCUGCCAGCUUCCAAUUGUACAAGUCAGGCAUUUAUUCAGAAAAAAAUUGCACUAGAGUGAAUCAUUCUAUCACCAUUGUGGGGUACGGUACGGAGAACGGUACUGAUUAUUGGCUGGUGAAAAAUUCUUGGGGUCCAAAGUGGGGAAAUAACGGAUUUGGAAAGAUCCUUAGGAACAAUAAUACCUGUGGAAUAGCCUCCCAGGCUCCACUUUUCCCUAUUCUUUGGUAGAUAAUCGUAGACUAAUAAAUAAAUCGAAUUAAUUUAGGAUAUGUUUAAGAUAUUUGUUUUUCAUUUAUUUUAUAAUUAAAUACUCACUGUUGUAACAAUUCUUCAUAAAAUUAAUAAAUAGUAGAAAAUAUAA